CUCAUCAUGACUCAUCAACAGGAAGCAGGAAGUGUCUGCGUCUAAGCUCGGAUAUCUGUGACAGGACUCUGUGCUUGAGAGCAAAACAAGAGCGUCAGUAUGGCAGGCAGGCUCUCCCUCCCGGAGGUGGACCUCUCCUGUUCAAUAUGCUGCGAGAUCUUCAGGGACCCGGUGGUCCUCAAGUGCAGCCACAGCUUCUGUGCACCCUGUCUGCAGCAGUACUGGACCCAAGGGCCACGGAGACGCGACUGCCCCCUGUGCAGGAGCCAGAGUGUGGAUGAACCCGUGCCCAGUCUCACCCUGAAGAACCUGUGUGAGGCCUACAUCCAGGAGGGCGAGGGUCCGGAGGACACCGGGGGAGAGCUGUACUGUGAUCCGGGGGAGAUGUGCCCUCUGCACGGCGAGAGGCUCAAGCUCUACUGCCUCCCGGACAAGGAGCCUAUCUGUGUGGUUUGCCACACCUCCAGGAAGCACAAACAGCACGACUGUUGCCCCGUCAGCGAGGCUGUCGUGGAUGUGAAGGAGAAGAUGAAGUCUGCCCUCGGCUCAAUGCAGGAGAAGAGGGACGCUUUUGACAAGAUGAAGAAAAACUACGAGGAUGCCGUUGCAUACAUUCAGGUCCAGGCUCGCUUCGUGGCGAGACGGACCCGGGAGGAGUUCGAAAAGCUUCACAGCUUCCUUGACGCCGAGGAGGAGGCCAGGAUGGAGGCGCUGAAGACGGAGGAGGAGCAGAAGAGUCGAGCGCUGAUGCAGAAGAUCGAGGAAAUCGUCGGGAAUAUAACGUCCGUGUCCGAAUCCAUCAGAGUUUUAGAGGAGGAGAUGGCUCUGGAGGGCGUCUCUGUCCUUCAUAAAUGCAAGACGACAUUGGCAAGAGUUAACAGCCCAAUAGAAGAUCCGGUCAUGCCUCCCGGAGCACUCAUCGAUGUGGCCACAUGUCUGGGGUCUCUGAACUUCCACGUGUGGGAGAAGAUGCAUGAAACCUUCAAAUUCACCCCGGUGACUCUGGACCCAAACACCGCCGCCCCGUGGCUCAUCCUGUCAGAAGACCUCGCCAGCGUCUGUGACAGUGACGAGAAGCAGAAACUGCCCGACAACCCGGAGAGGUUCGACCCCGACACCGGUGUGCUGGGCCGCGAGAGCUUCACCUCAGGCAAGCACGCCUGGGUCGUCACCGUGGGAGAGAACACGGCGUGGGUCGUCGGCGUGGCCAAAGAAUCCAUCCAGAGGAAAGAGAAAGUGUCUUCGGUGCUGAAGAACGGCUACCUGAGCGUGUACUUUUACCACAAGAUGUACUUUGCAGGCACCUCUCCUCUAACGAGACUCAACCUGAAGAGGAACCCGCAGAGGAUCAGAGUGCAGCUGGACUGUGACAAGGGUCGGGUGUGUUUCUACGACCCGGAUGACAACACGCACAUCUACACCUUCAAGCACGCCGUCACCGAGAGAGUCUUCCCGUACUUCUGGGUGGGUUGUCAGCAGUGUCCUUUGACGCUGGAGCCACUGGAAGUUACUGUGAAGGCUGUAGAAUAUUUCUGAAAGUGCUCUUCCGCUUCACAAUUUUUACUUCUGCUCAGCACAAAAGCAGUAGGAACUUUUUUUUCUAUUUUCAGACGUUAUGAGGGGAACAUUCAGAAUCUAAAAUUGCAUAAUUUCAGCACUUUCUUUCCUGGUCCAAUGAAAUGUCUAAUACGACCAGCUUCAAACAUAAUGAAUACACAAUUGGAUCCCAGCACUUUAAUCUUCUAUAAAAAGUCCUGCACUUUCUUCAAAAUUGUUUCAUGCAAAGCAUAAUGUGUGUUUUUAAAAAGUACCCCAACUUGUGGCUUUAGUUUGUUUGUAACAUGAUUUUGAAUUUGCAUGUCAAACACUGAAUGUUGGUUGUGAAGCCCAAUUUUGUUUACAGCUUCAGAUAUAUUGCAAAGACUAAAUGUGCUUUAUGUGCAAAUACUAAUGUGAGAAUACCAAUCUACAAAUAAAUUAUUUGCUAAUCUC